AUGGUUAACAUAGCCCAAAGGCGCAAAAAGAAUACAAGUAGCAGCUCGACGGCGCCAAAGGAGGAUAUUGAAAUGGCCACUUCACCCCAAGCACAGGGCCAUGUGGCAGAGGUUUCAGUCGAAACUACCGGACCCUCGACUACUACCGCACACCACAACUUAUCGGAAACUCUGCACCAUAUGCUACCUACGCAUAGAGUCAACCAUAAGGGAUACAAAGUUACAAAGGGCAUUCAGCCUGACGGAGAAAGUGGCAGAAAAGGCAUACAUCCGUUGCAUUUCUUCAGGAUAUGCUGGGCCUCAACAAGUGAUGCUUCUCGACUUGUCAAUAUUUUGUGGCCCGUUGUGCCCGCAGCCCUUGCCGUUCGAUAUGCUAGGCCAGAACUCCAUCUGGCGAUAUUUAUACUCAAUUACAUUGCUAUGGUGCCUUGCGCGAAUUUGAUUGGAUUUGCUGGGCAGGAAUUGGCAAGAAAACUGCCAAAGGUGUUUGGUAUAUUGCUGGAGACUACGCUUGGCAGUCUUGUCGAGAUGAUCCUUUUCAUAGUUCUUUUGACAAGAGAUGAAUAUAGUGUCAUUCAAGCUGCAAUUUUAGGCUCAAUGCUAGCUACCUUGCUAUUGUGUUUGGGGAUGUGCUUUUUCGUCGGUGGUCUGACACGAGAUGAGCAGUCAUUCGAUGAAGCUGUUAGUGAAGUUGGAAGUGGACUGUUGUUGACGGCUGGACUUGGCCUCAUUAUACCCUCGGCAUUUGCAACGGCUUUAGAGUUAAAAGCUUCUGCGUCUCUCACGGAAGAGAUCAUCGCAGAAAAAGUCCUUAAUAUAUCCCGUAUUACUUCCGUACUACUUAUAGUUGCAUAUGCCACCUACGUCUUCUUCCAAAUGCGAACCCAUCACAGCAUAUACGAUGCUAUUCUAGAAGCAGACGAACAAAGGGACGAGGAUCGUCAUGAUGAUCUACAAAAAGACAAGCUUACCUUUACUGAGUGUGUAAUUGCUCUUGCAAUUGCAAUAUCUUUGGUGACUCUCAUUGCCAUCAGUCUGGUUGAGCAGAUUCCUCGAAUCGUGGAAGAGCGUGGUAUUUCCGAUGCAUUCAUGGGCCUUAUCCUUGUUCCUUUAGUUGAGAAGGCAGCCGAGCAUCUUUCUGCGGUCGACGAGGCUUACGAUAACCAGAUGAAUUUUGCGUUGUCUCAUGUUCUAGGAGCGACGAUCCAAACGGCACUAUUCAAUGGUCCUUUAGUUGUUAUUAUUUCCUGGGGUUUAGAUAAGAAGUUGGACCUCGACUUUGAGGUGUUCGAUAUCAUUGUUUUGAUCCUAUCUAUUCUAGUUGUAGGAAAUUUCUUGCGAGAUCAAAAGAGUAAUUAUCUAGAGGGUGCUCUAUGCGUGAUUGUCUACAUCAUCAUUGCAGUGGCAGCUUACUUCUAUCCAAACCCAGAAGAGACUACCACCGCGGGCGAGGUGACUCAUGCAGCGGUAGAGGUGCUUCAUGCCCUUCUUUGA